AUGAGCGAGAUGACGGAAAGCCACACAACUACAACAAUGGAGAGCGGGCAGACGAAGACGGUCGUGACGACCACGACAACCGAGAAGAUAACGACCGAGGAGACGACGGCCGUGUCUGCACUGGCAAUGGCAAUCGACGCGGGCAAGUACACGUUCAUCCCGGAAUUUGGUGGCCAGGGCAUCUCCUAUUGGACCGAGUUGCAGCAACUCUACGCCGCGUCCGAGACCAGCACCAUCCGCGAGUUCAUUGAUGCUGCCGCGCAGGCACUGCUGAAGGAGUCUAGCACCGAGGAGGCCAAGGCCUCGGUCGCCUUUGAGACAACCAUCGACGUGCACAACUGGCUGCAGAGCCUGGAGGUCGGCGAUACACCGGCCGACUUGGAUUUGGAUCGUGUCUUUUUCAGUAUGCCGUUGCUACUGCUGACGCAAUGUGCCAAUUACCUUCAUUUCCUUGAGAUCACGGGCGCGACCCAUGAGAGUGUAGUCAAGAGUUCCACCACGGCUUUGGGCCACAGCCAGGGUGUAGUGAGCGCCGUCAUUUUCUCAGUGGCCAAGACGGUGGAGGAGUUUGUCGAGGUCAGCAUCUCCGUCCUGCGCUACAUGUUCUGGCAGGGACUGCGCGCACAAGAGACGUAUCAGGAGCUCCUGACGCAGCACAAGCAGGAUGACAAGAAGAUUGAAAACGCCGGCCCAAUGCUGGUCGUGCGGGGGCUCAAGAAAGAGCACGUUCUUACGGCCAUCGAAGUUGUUCAGCGCCGGACCAAGACACCCGACCUGCAGCUCUCUCUCAUCCAUGCGCCCGACAUGAUGAAUGUGACGGGCUUCCCCGCAACGCUGACGUUGCUAAAGCAGUCGCUCGAGGAUCAGUUCGCCAAGCCUGACGCCAAUCAAACACGCAUUCCAUUUUCGCAGCGGAAACCCACGGGCUCGCUCUCGUUCUUGCCACUUUCGGCGCCCUUCCACACAUCACUGCUGACUGCGGCCAAGCCAAAGUUGGUGCAGGACGUGCAGCGCGUCAAGUGCGCGAUCAAGGGCAGGCAACUGCAGGUGCCAGUAUACGCUACCAACACAGAGGCUGUAAAUUUGCAGACGGUCGACGACGUAGUUGAUGAACUAAUUAGCAUGCAGCUACUGCAGCUAGUAGAUUGGACUGCGACGUGGACCAAGAUUGCGAAGCACCACUCGAACGCAACGCACAUUCUGGAGUUUGGCCCGGAUCUCGGUGUGGCAAAGCUGAGUGUCAGAUUUGCGGAAGGUUUGGGUAUUAAACUUGUGAUCGCGACUGCCAAGCACCCGGUUAUAAGCUUGUCGACGAAGGGCGCUCCUCUUGUCAGCUUGCAGCAAUUCAUUGAUACUGCACCGACAUUCGCCCCAGUCGAGACGUGGGUGAAGAAAUUUGGUCCGCAGGUGACCAAGGCCGGCAAGCUUUGCAACAGAUUCACGCGCGUGCUGAACAAACCGCCGGUUAUGGUGGCAGGAAUGACACCAACCACCAGCCUGGAGGGUAUCGAUCUGGUUGCGGCCAUCCAGAACGCUGGGUUCCAUGGUGAGCUAGCUGCAGGCGGUCUGUCACGCCCCGACAUCUUCGAAAACGCGGUGAAUGAGCUUGUUUCCAAGAUCAAGCCCGGCCUUGGCAUUGCGAUCAACAUGUUGUAUCUGAACGCGAAGCAGUGGGGCUUCCAGUUUCCGAUGGUGCUACGUAUGCGUCGUAGCGGUGUGCCUAUCGAGAGUAUUACGAUCGGCGCCGGUAUUCCGACGACGGAGCGCGCACUUGAAAUUAUGUCGCAGCUGGAAGCCGCCGGCAUCAAGUUGGUGUGCUUCAAGCCGGGUUCGGUGGACGGUAUUCACGCGGUGCUGGAGAUUGCUGCGGCGACGCCAAGCAUGAACGUGAUGAUGCAGUGGACCGGUGGCCGCGCUGGUGGCCACCACAGCUUUGAAGACUUCCACCAGCCAUUGGAAGAGUCGUAUGCCGCGAUUCGUCGUGUACCGAACGUGCUGUUAGUUGUCGGAUCAGGUUUCGGUAACUGGGAGGAUUCAAAGCAGUACAUCACGGGCGAAUGGAGUCUGGCUCGCGGCCACCUGCACAAGAUGCCUAUGGAUGGUAUUUUAUUGGGCUCUCGCGUUAUGGUUGCAAAGGAAGCUGCGACCGCACCGGACGUGAAGAAGCUGCUUGUGGACACUCCUGGUAUUGAGUCGGAGCUGGAGUGGGAAACGAGCUACACGGGCGUUGUGGGUGGUGUGGUUACGGUUACGUCAGAGUUGGGCGAGCCCAUCCACGUGGUGGCAAAUCGCUGCGGUGUGCUAUGGAAGGAAUUUGACGACAAGUACUUUAACAUCCCGCGCGAGCAGGUAGAGUUGGCCCUUCGCCUUAAUAAGAAAGCUAUAAUUGCUGGUCUCAACACGGACUAUCAGAAGCCGUACUUUGGCUGCAAGCGCGAUUUUGAGACUGGCAAGAGCGUUCCGGCUGAUCUGGAGGAGAUGUCGUACGGUGACGUUUUGGCGCGUAUGAUUGACUUGAUGUACGUGGAGGUCGAAGGCAAGCCGUGUCGUUGGGUGCACCACACCUUCUUCUCGCGUGUGAGCAAGUUCAUCACGCGUACGGAGGAGCGUUUCCGCCGCGAUAGCGUUGGUGACCUGUUUGACCAGUCGGAGCUGAAGACGAACCCGAGGGACGUGAUGAGCGCGUUUAUCGCGAAGUACCCACGGAUCGUGUCGACGCUGCUGUCCGUCCCGGAUCGUGACUUUUUCCUGGAGCUGUGCCGCACUGGCGGUAAGCCUGUGAACUUUGUGCCUGUGAUUGACACUGAGUUCAAGACUUGGUUUAUGAAGGAUUCGUUAUGGUACUCGGAGGAUUUGGAUGCGGUUCCGGAACACGAUGCGCAGCGCGUGUUCAUCCUUCAGGGCCCCGUGGCUGUUCGCCACAGCACAAUAGUGAACGAGCCUGUCGCGGACAUCUUGGAGGGCAUUGUGGCUGGCUUCACCAACAUUGUGAAGGAAAGCGGCGCCAUUGCUGCUGUGACGUCUGCACCUGCUAAGCGGACUGUGGUCAUUGCCGGCGUCGAGGUCACGGAGAACGAAAGCAACGUGGAGAUGUCGAUCGUUACAGGAGAAAGCGCUUUGCCCUCUGCUGACGAGUGGCUCGCUGCUCUUGCCUCGUCCGUGAAUGACAAGGACUGGCUGAACGCGCUUAUUUCGUCGCCUCAAGUUGUUGAAGAGAAAAAGUGGCUCGCAAACCCUGUCAGACAGCUGCUUGUCCCGCAGGCUGGCCAGAAGUAUGUGAUCGACGGUGCAGGCAUAUGUGUUUUCGACAGCUCCAUCGACAUUUCUGGUCCUGUGAUCGAAAUCAAGAAGAAUGGCGCGGCCAUUGUGGUCGUUGUGAAUGAAGUGCGUCCGGCAGUGACCGAACUGGAGGGUAGUGUUGUAGCACUGGAGAUGACAUUCCAGUACCACCCGGAACUGCCCUGCUCGAUUCAUGCUGAAGGCAGCGGUCUUAUCGACAAGGUAAAGGCAUUUUACGCUCGCUUCUGGGUGGCAAUUGAUGGCAAGGAGGAGGAGUCGUGCAAAGCUGCGUGCGCGGAGAGUGUGAUGUCCCCUUUUACUGCCGAAUUCUCCAUUACGACGGAGGACAUCGUUGCGUACCGUGCUGCGCUCGGUCUAAGUGACGACGAGGUCGGUGCUCCAGCAGACUUUUCGACGAUCGUAUCGUGGCGCCCGCUGAUCCAGUCGGUGUUCACAAACGAGGUAAAGGGUAACCUGUUUGACCUGGUGCACUUGAAGCACUCAUACAAGUUGCUCUCCUCGCGUAAGGCUUCUGCUACCUUUUUGCCUGGUGACGACAUCGUGAGCACGUCAAACGUCGGUAGUUUGCGCAUUAUCGACAGCGGCAAGAUAGUGCACGGUGUAGCCAUCAUCUCACGCAAGACGGUAGAUAAGGAGAUGGUAGAGGUGCUGGAGCCUCUUGUGGAGCUACAUAGCGAGUUCCUGAUUCGUGGCUCUUUCAACGACUUCGAAUCCACCUUCUCUAUCGACAAGUCGAUGGACGAGUUUGUGCCUAGUCGCCAGGAGGACGUGGAAAUUCUCAAGGUGAAGCCAUGGCUAAAGCUUGCUGCCGACGCCUCGGUGAAUGUCGGCGAUCGGCUGGUGUUCCAAUUGACGAUGAAAAAGCAGUAUGCUUCAAUUGGCUCGCUAAGCUCCGUGGAAGUGUCGGGCAGGCUGCUCCGUGAGGAAGCUGGCUCGAAUGUGGAGAUCGGCGUAGUUGAUUUCACUAGCAAAGAGGUGAAUGAGAGCCCGGUUGUGGCGUUCUUGCGUCAGGUGCGACCCGUGGACGCGAAGGCAAGCGGUAUGUUCGAGGGCGGUGGCUCUCACAUGCUGGAGAAACCGCUGGAGAUCAACGUUCCGACGAGCGCUUUGGCGUACGCGGUGGCAUCCCGUGAUCUGAACCCUAUCCAUCGCUCCAAGUACGCCGCUAUUCUGGGUCACCUCCCGAACGGUAAGCCGAUUAUGCACGGCUUGUGGACAGCGACUAAGGUGCGCGACCUGGUGAUCCAGAGCUUCGGUUUUGGCUUCGACAGUAACGUCGUGGACUACGACGUGAACUUUGAUGGCAUGGUGUAUCCCGGUGACAAGCUGUUCAUGCAGGCGCGCCACAUUGGUCUCGACAACGGCAGAAAGGUUUUGUCAGUUGAGGUUGUGAAUGAUUCCGGUGAACGUGUAGUCAGCGCACGCGCUGUGGUAAAGCAGGCGCCGAUGGCGUUUGUUUUCACUGGCCAGGGCUCUGCAGCGGUAGGCAUGGGCAUGGACCGCUAUAAGGAAUCCUCGGUGGCCCGUGAUAUUUGGAACCGUGGUGAUGUUCACUUGCGCAAGACAUUUGGUUUCUCUAUACUCGAGAUGGUGCGAACGAACCCCAAGUCUGUUACAGUGCAUUUUGGCGGCAAAAAGGGCCGUACUAUUCGCGAGAAGUACAUGAGUUUGACGUGUGAAGACCCGGUGACUGGUGAAAUUGCACCUUUACUGCCAGAGAUUAAUGCUCGUACGCAGAGCUUCAGCUUUUCCGCGCCAGAGGGUUUGUUGUUUGCGACUCAGUUCAGCCAGCCUGCAUUGGUACUGCUGGAGAAGGCCAUGUUCUCUGAAAUUGAAGCGGCACAACUGAUUCCGGACGAUGCUCACUUCGCUGGUCAUUCGCUUGGUGAGUACGCCGGUCUCAGCUCUUUUGCUGGAGCUCUGGCUGUUGAGGAUGUCGUGGAAGUUGUAUUCUUGCGUGGUUUGAUCAUGCAAAAAGCUGUUAAGCGCGACGCUGAGGGACGCUCUGACUACGGUAUGGUGGCAAUGAACCCCACGCGAGUUGGUCCCCACCUCACUGAAGAAGUUAUGUACAAGAUUGUUGAUGGUGUGGAAGCUGCUUCGGGCAAGCUGCUGCAAGUAGUCAACUUUAACAUCCAGCAGCGUCAGUACGUCGUUGCUGGUGAGAAUGUGAAUUUAGAGACGCUGUCGCUGUCGCUAUCUGCUUUUAAGACGCUGAAGUCGGCGGCUACUGAGGAUGUGGAGAAGGUAAUUACCGAUUCAUUGGCACAAGCUCGUGCCCGCAAGGAGAAGUGCGAGCUGACUGGCCGUCCGUUUACACUGGCGAGAGGCCUAGCAACGAUACCGCUGGUGGGUAUUGAUGUGCCUUUCCACUCGCGUGAGCUACUUGGUGGCGUGCCUUCGUUUCGUGCGCUGUUGCGGACCAAGUUUGAUCCGCAGGUACUUGAGCGCCAACUGCCGCUUCUAGUGAACCGAUACAUCCCUAAUCUAGUGGCUACUCCAUUCUCACUUGAACGCUCGUACGUUGAGGAGGUAUAUGAAGCGACCAAGAGUCCGUACCUCGCAGAGGCUUUGGACCCGAUGCAGUGGAAGUUGACGACGAAGGCUCAACUGGCACAUUUACUUGUUGUGGAGCUGCUGGCGUACCAGUUUGCAUCGCCUGUCCAAUGGAUUAAGACUCAGGCGCUAUUGUUUUCGGAGGGUGGUGUUCGCCGCUUUGUGGAGAUUGGUCCUGCUCCGACGUUGACAAACAUGGCGUUGGGCACUCUUCAGGUUGGAGACUUCCCAGAUGUACCCCGUGAGAUUCUGUGGUACCAGCGUGACCGUGAGGUUGUGCAUUUUGAAGAGGUGACGUCGAACAUUUCUGCAUCUGAGUAUGCUCGUAAUUUGGCUGCGGAGGCUGCCGCUGCCGCGAACGCUGCUAUGUCUGCUGCAAAGGUGGCUGUUGCUCCUGCCGUCCCGACUCCAGUUGCCGCUGCAGUUGUCGCUGCUCCUGUUCAGCAGAUGCAACCUGCUCCGGCUCCUACUCCUGUCGUCGCUUCCUCCGCUGCCGGUGAUGCUCCAGUUGCUGCCCUGCACGUACUUCGUGUCAUUAUCGCCGUGCGCUUGAACAAGAGCUUGGCUGAUAUUAAGGAGGAGACGGACGUAAAGACGCUUUGCGCUGGAAAAUCUGCUGUUCAGAACGAGAUUCUUGGUGAUCUUGAAAAGGAGUUCGGUGGAGGUGUGCCCGAGGGUGCUGGUGAAAUUUCGCUGAAGGAGCUGGCUUCGAAGUUUUCUGGCUACAACAGUCUCGGCAAGGUGACUAACAGCCUGAUCAACAAGGUGGUGGCGAGCAAAAUGCCUGGCGGCUUUACGAUGUCGAGCAUCAAAGAUUACCUUAGCGCUGAGAAGGGUCUGGGUGCUGGUCGCAUGGAGAGCGUGUUGGCACACGCAUUGCUCCUUGCCCCGCAGACUCGUCUGAAGAACGAUGCGGACGCGCGCAAGUGGCUGGACGACAGCGUGAGCGGAUAUGCUUCGUUUGCUGGUAUCUCUCUUGAUCGUCCUACGAUGGCUUCUACGUCGGGCAUGUCCUUUAACCUUGCUCCGGUAUCGAUCCCCACGGUGAGUGAUAAGCUUGUGGAAGCCAAACACGCUCUGUUAGUGAUGCUCGCGGUAAAGUUCCACAAGACCCUCAACGAAGUUUCGGAGACGGCAACCAUCAAGGAACUGUGUGCCGGUAAGUCGGCUGUGCAAAACGAGAUCGUUGGCGACCUGGAGAAGGAGUUUGGCUCUGGUCCUGACGAUGCGACAGAAAUGAAGUUGGUUGAGCUGGCGGGUAAAUUCCCCGAUUAUGCAUCCCCAGGCAAGGUAACCAGCGCUCUGAUCGCGAAGAUGCUGGCUAGCAAGAUGCCUGGUGGGUUUGGUCUGUCGGCGAUCAAGGACUACCUGUCGAGCGAGCGCUGCCUACCGAGUGGUCGUAUCGAAAGUGUGCUGCUCCACGGUCUGACGCUGGCUCCAAAGCAGCGCCUUGCUGAUGACAGUACGACGAAGAAGUGGCUAGAUGACGUUGUGGACGACUAUGCGAAGUACGCUGGAAUCGACAUUCCUUAUCUGUCGAAGCUUGGAGGCGGAAUGGCUGGUCCAGCAAUGGGCCAGCAGGUGAUACAGUCUAGCUCUCUCCCAAGCGAUUUUGAGAAGCGUUUGAAGACUAUGAUCGCGGACCAGAUCGAUGCUCUGAGCUCGUACCUAGGUGAUGACCAACUUGACUGGCAUCGCAAAAUUGAAACGGAAGUGGAUAUGCGUGAGGACCUUGAGUCGUCAGUUUCUGAGUGGGUGGCGGAGCACGGCGAGUUCUAUGGCGCUGGCAUUGCAGGCAAGUUUGAUGCGAAGAAGGAGCGUCAGUAUGAUAGUUACUGGAACUGGGCCGUCCAGGAUGCAAUGGAGCUGUACUACCGCACUGUAGUAGCGGCCAAAGGCUUGUCUACGAGUCCGCAGCUGGCAGUGAGUGAGGGUUUAAGUACGCACUUUGAGGCGAUGACUCGCUUUAUCAACAAGAACGUGGACACUAUUGCAGAUGAGUCGGCACUUCCGCCGCUCGAGUGGUUUAAACCGUACCUGUGCAAUCGUGCCACACCGGAACUUUUGCGAUGCACACAGUUCUUCGUGUCACGAGCUGAAGAAGAAAGCAGCCCCGAGCUUGCUCAGGCGGUCCAACUGUUGGUGGAGCAAAUGGAAGAGUGGCUGAACACAAACCCUGUGAACAUGCAGAUUUUUAAGCCGACGCAGCCGCAGCUUCGCAUUCUUGAAAAUGGCGAGCUCGAAUAUGCUGAGGUUCCUCGUGAAGGUGUGGCAGACUCCAUUAACUACGUUGACGAGGUUGCUCGCGGGCUUGAGUAUAACGAUGCGGUUGAAACUGGCAACGUUGCAGGCUCUGAUGUCACUGCGGGUAUGACUAGUGCUGUUGGGUUUGAGUCGACUCUCAACGACAAUGGCAGCAUGAGCGGUGAUGAGCCUGACAGCGACGAUGAUCGCAGAUUUGAUGAGGAGAAGUUGAUGUCCAAGAUACGAUUAACUAAGGCCAAAAAGGUUGCGCCUGCCGAGGGGGCCAAGCUCAAUGCGCUUCGUGACUCGUUGCGUAAGCGUGCAAAGCGUGAAUCUGCAAAGUCGUUGUUUGCUCGCUCGUCCUCGCUACGCUACGGUCUCAAUGAGAAUCUGAAGCAGAUCGUGCUGCCGCAUGUGCAUAUCCGCAAACCAUCUGAUGUGGACCCGACGAUCCGUCUGUAUGAUGUUGAGUCUACCUGUAUGCUGUUGUCGUGCAUGCGUGAAAUGGCCUCAACGGGUAUUUCGUUCGUUGGCAAGGCGGCGCUACUGACUGGUUGUGGCAAGAACUCCAUUGGUGCAGAAAUCGUAAAGGCGCUUUUGGAGGGUGGCGCUACUGUGUUCGUGACGACGAGUAGCUUUGGCAUGAAGACGACUACCCUGUUCCGUGAGAUCUACGAGCAGCAUGGUAGUCGCGGCAGCCGUCUCAUUAUUCUUCCGUUCAACCAGGCAUCGAAGAUGGACGUGCAAAACCUGGUGGCGCACAUUUACAACGUGCACAAGCUGGAUCUAGACUUUGUGAUCCCGUUUGCGGCUCUGUCGGAAGUCGGACGUACGAUCACAGACAUUGACUCGCGCUCGGAGCUGGCCCAUCGUAUCAUGCUGACGAACACAAUGCGAUUGUUGGGCGAAGUUGUCAUAGCGAAGAAGGCCCGUGACAUCACCACUCGCCCUGCGCUGGUGAUUCUUCCAAUGUCGCCGAACCAUGGCAACUUUGGCGGAGACGGUCUUUACGCUGAGUCGAAGCUGGGCGUGGAGAGUUUGAUGGGUAAAUGGUACUCGGAGGGCUGGGAUGAUCAGCUUUCGAUUGUCGGCGCCAUCAUCGGCUGGACUCGCGGCACGGGUCUCAUGUCUGGUAACAAUGUAGUGGCUGCUGGUGUGGAGAAGAUGGGGAUGCGCACGUUUAGCACGACGGAAAUGGGCUUCAACCUGAGCGCGCUUAUGCACCCUAUCAUUGUGGAUCGUGCGGCCGAGACACCGAUCUUCGCUGACCUCACUGGUGGCAUGGCUCAAGUGAGUGACCUGAAGGAUCAGGUAGACGAAAUUCGGUCGGACAUCAUGAGGAAGGCGAAGCUCCAAGCUUCUAUUCAUGCCGCGCUCGAGAAUGACAAGAAAAUGCUGGCUCUGCCUUCGAUGAAGCUACUGUCUUCUUCCAGCUCGAAGAAUUUUGCUCCUCGUGCGAACAUGUCGACCUACUACUGCAACUCGUUCCCGAAGCUAACGUGUGUGUCUGAGUUGUCAACCUCGGCGAAGCAAACAAUGUUGCGUGGCAUGAUCGACCUGCGCCAGGUCGUUGUUGUGACUGGUUUUGGUGAGGUGGGACCGUGGGGAAACUCGCGGACGCGCUGGGAGAUGGAGUCAUACGGCGAGUUCUCAUUGGAAGGCUGUAUUGAGCUAGCAUGGCUGACGGGCCGCAUCCUGUUCGAGAAGGGCAACUGGGUGGAUGCCAAGACGAAGGAGAUCGUGCCAGACCACCAGGUAAAACCUCGCUACGAGGAGGACAUCAUGAAACACUCAGGUAUUCGCAUCGUGGAGCCAGAGCUAUUUGACGGCUACGACCCGAAGAAAAAGAUGGUGCUGCAUCAGGUGGCUAUCGACAAGAAAAUGUCGCCAAUUGAGGUGGCUGACCGUGAGGAGGCUCUUCAGUUCCGUAAGGAGCUGGGCGAGGAGAACGUGGAUGUGUUCCAAAACGCGUCUGGCGCUUGGAUGAUUCGUCUGCGCAAGGGAUCCAUUUUGAACAUUCCUCGUGCUCUCAACUUCGACCGCUUUGUGGCUGGUCAGAUCCCGACAGGCUGGAGUACCCAGCGCCUUGGCCUGUCCAAGGACCUGGCCGAUGCGGUGGAUCCGAUUACGCUUUAUGUACUCGCGUCGACGAUGGACGCAUUCGUCGCGGCCGGUGUGACGGAUCCGUACGAGUUCUACCAAUAUGUGCACGUUUCGGAGAUCGGCAACGCUUCCGGUGGCGGUAUGGGUGGUAUGCGUGCGUUCACGCAGAUCUACAGGGACCGCUUUAUGGGCAAGGCCGCUCCGAGCGACGCGCUGCAAGAAUGUUUCAUUAAUACGCCUCCUGCCUGGGUAAACAUGCUGCUGCUGAGUUCGUCCGGCCCGAUUAAGACUCCUGUUGGUGCGUGUGCCACAGCUGCUGAGUCUGUGGACAUAGGUGCUGAGACCAUCAAGAGCGGCAAGGCCCGUGUUUGCAUAGUUGGUGGCUAUGACGAUUUUGGUGAGGAGGGUGCGUUUGAAUUCGCACAGAUGAAAGCUACAAGUGAUUCGGUAAAGGAGAUCGGUAUGGGUCGUGAACCAAAGGAAAUGUGUCGCCCGUGCUCGACCACGCGAGGCGGAUUCAUGGAGAGUCAUGGUGCGGGUAUGCAACUGCUGAUGGACGCACAGCUUGCGCUAGAAAUGGGUCUGCCGAUUUAUGGUAUCAUCGCGCUUUCGAAUACAGCGACAGAUAAGAACGGUCGAUCAGUGCCGGCUCCUGGUCAAGGGAUUCUGACGACGGCUCGUGAGACACCGACGGGGAACUUACAGCCCUCGCCGCUGCUUGACGUGGAGUACCGUCGUCGCCAAUUCGACGACGAGCUGGAAAGCAUCGAGAAGUGGUAUGCGCGCGAGAAGUCCUUGAUCGAAGGAGACGAGUUUCGUGUUGCCUUCCUCGAUGAGAUGAAGGUGCGCAAGGUGCAAUCGGCACAGUCCGUGUGGGGAGACAGCUUUUACCGCGGCCGUACAGACAUCGCUCCUCUUCGUGGUGCGCUGAGCGCGUGGAACCUGGACAUUGACGACGUGGGUGCUGCAAGCUUCCAUGGUACGGGUACCACCGCCAAUGAUAAGAAUGAAAGCGAAGUCACACAUAAGCAAAUGGCCCACCUUGGCCGUUCAGCGGGUAAUCCUCUACCGGUGAUCUGUCAGAAGAAUUUAACGGGCCAUCCAAAGGGUGCUGCGGCUGCGUGGAUGCUCAACGGUCUGCUGCAGGUGCUGAACACGGGAUUGAUCCCGGGCAACCGUCAGCUGGAUAACACAUGCCAGACGCUGCGUAAGUAUGAUCACCUCGUGUACCCGAACCGUAGCUACCAGACCGUGGGUGUCAAAGCCGUGAUAAUGAAGAGUUUUGGCUUUGGUCAGGCCGGUGGUGAGGUGUUGCUGGUGCACCCGGAUUACCUUCUGUCUACGCUAUCUACUGCCGAUUUUCAUCACUACUCGGCUCUUCGCGAGAAGCGCCUGAUUAAGAUGAACACGUACGCUCAAAGCGUAGUCACCAGCAAGCAGUUGCACAUUCAGGUGAAGAACGAGGCGCCGUAUUCUUCGGCUCAGGAGAGCAGCGUGUACCUGGACCCUACUGCUCGUGCCGAGUACGACGCGACGUCAAAGACAUGGCGAUUUGGCGGUGCGGACUCGCUCACUGCGGAGGCGAACCGCCGCCUGCGUGUCGAGAAGCGCGCGAAGAAGGCAAAGACUGCUACGGGAGUUGCAGCGUCGUCGUCGAAGAGGACUUCGGACUCGAAUCAGGCUGACUCGUCGUCGACGCUGUUGACUGCCAUUAACCAAGCGGCGAGCGACCUGGGUUUGGCGUCGAAGAAUAUGGGCAUGGGUGUGGACGUGGAGCCUGUGGCCACGUUCGAGAACCUGAACGGCCGCGAGGACUUUAUCCGACGCAACUUCACGGACCAGGAGAUGGCGUAUUGCUACAGCGCGCCUCACCCGGCCGCGAGCUUUGCGGGUCGCUGGGCUGCGAAAGAGGCAGUGAUCAAGGCCAUAUCGAGUUCUACGCCUACGGAGCCUAACCUUUGGAAGGGUGCUGGCGCCCCGCUGCGCGAGAUCGAGAUUUUCAUGACAGCGUCGGGUGCUCCGUCCGUGCUGCUAUCGGGCUACCCGCUGCAAGUGUUCAACCGCCUUGGUUUGUCGAAGCUAAGCGUGUCUAUCAGCCACUCAGGCGACUUUGCUGUCUCGCAGGCAGUGGCCAACUUUCAACAGGAGUAA